GUCGCCGCCGCCGUCGUUGUCACCGUCGUCCACGUUCCCCACAGCCAGUUCCAGGAUGUCUGCUCUCUCGACUGCACCGUCUGUUGACGGCAUUGGCAUUGCCAACCUCCCCAACCAGAGGCACAAAAUCGUUGCAAAGCGCGGUGCCCACUUCACAAUCAUGGUUGUCGGCGAGUCCGGUCUGGGGAAGACGACGCUCAUCAACACGCUGUUCUCGACAGAGCUGUCGCCCCCAAAGAACUACAGCAAGCGCCAUUUCAAGCAAAUGGACAAACUGACCGAGGUCGAGAUCAUCAAGGCUGAAUUGGAGGAGAAGCAGUUCAAGGUCAAGCUCACUGUCAUCGACACCCCUGGCUUUGGCGACUACGUCAACAACCGCGAUUCCUGGUUGCCCAUCGUCGAGUUCAUUGAUGACCAGCACGAAGCCUACAUGCGCCAGGAGCAGCAGCCUCAGAGGUCGGAGAAGACUGACUUGCGUGUGCACGCCUGUCUGUACUUCAUUCGCCCAACUGGACACACAUUGAAGCCCCUCGACAUUGAGGUCAUGAAGCGUCUGGGAACACGCGUCAACCUCAUCCCCGUUAUUGCAAAGGCCGAUACCCUGACCCAGAACGACCUCUUCACCUUCAAGCAACGGGUUCGCGAAGUGAUCGAGGCUCAAAACAUCCGAAUCUACACCCCUCCUCUCGACGACGACGAGAAUGCUGAGCAUGCUCGUAUGCUCCUCGACGCCAUUCCUUUCUCCAUCAUCGGUUCGACGGAAGAUGUUCGAACACCCGACGGCCGUGUUGUGAAGGGACGAGAAUACAUUUGGGGUGUUGCUGAAGUCGAGAACGAGAACCACUGCGAUUUCAAGAAGCUGCGAUCUUUGCUGAUCCGCACGCACAUGCUUGAUCUCAUCUCGACAACGGAGGAGUACCACUAUGAGAACUACAGACAACAACAGAUGGAGACACGUAAAUUCGGCGAACCCAAGGUCAAGAAGCUUGACAAUCCCAAAUUCAAGGAGGAGGAGGAAGCACUCAGGAAGAAGUUCACUGAGCAAGUCAAGGCUGAGGAGGCUAGGUUCAGGCAAUGGGAGCAACACCUUAUUGCUGAGCGAGACCGACUCAACAAGGAUCUCGAGUUGGCCCACAGCGCAAUCAAGGCGCUCGAAGCUGAGCUUGACAGCCUUCAAGUCGGUUUCCGCGGAACGGGCCGUCGAUAA